AGGGUUUAAUUCACUUUUAGUUUGAAAUGAUCACCCAUCGAUCAUCUUCCUGUCAGGUCAUUUCUUAUUCACUUAGUGAGAUAUUCAACGAUAGCAAGGGAAUAGUCAAAUGCGUACCAUCGAUUCACAGGGAGUCGCUUUAUAUUUCGCCCGUGAACAGUAUCAGAGACUGUAAGCACAAAGCAAGACUACGAGACACUGGAUUAAGUAUGGACAACUUGACCGAGUGCGUUACACCAUCUAAGUCAGAAACUAUAGCAGUUCAAACGCUAUUUGGAAUAGUACGACUGUUAAUUAUCGUUGCCAACUCACUGGCCUUGGUGAUUUUUCUUGGAAAGAAGUUGCGUCUCAAGAAGUCCAAGUAUCUUCUCGUCAACCUGACAGUAGCUGAUCUUUUGAACGGUGUUGCCGGAGUUGCGUACAUGGCAGCGAUUCCAGGCAAUCGUUUACCACAGAGCACCUGGGAAAAGCUACUUACUACCGUUGUCCACUUGUUUUUGACCCUGUCCAUUCUGUCAUUAUGCGUUAUUGCCCUAGAAAGAGCGGUCGCCAUCCUGUUUCCGUUUCGUCACCGACAGGCCGAAAAGACGCACUACUUUGCCGCCAUCGCCGUUGCGUGGCUUUUAUCGAUGAUUCUCACCGUAUUUGUAGGGGUAUCCACAUUUUACAAUGAUUCACACUUGGAAAUAAUACUUCUUGUUUCUUUUUUACUUGAGAUUGGAUUGAUAAUCAUUUCAUACUUGGCAAUCUGGAUCAAAAGGGUCUUCUUUAAUCCUAUGAACAGCGUAAUGGAAAAUCGAGACGAGAACAAAAAACUCUCAAUGACAUUGUUUAUACUCAUUGCAAUCUCACUUCUGACAUGGAUGCCAUCAACUAUUUUGAAUUUAUUUUUCAAGCCUUAUGAAUGCUGGAAGAAGAGUUCUACUUACACAAUGAUGUACUGCACAUAUUUUUUGUUAUUAAGUAAUUCGUUCUUGAACGUUGUAAUUUAUUCUCUGAGAAUGCCAGAGUUUAGAAAGGCGUUAAAAGGAAUGUUUUCUCAAAGUAUGGAAAUAGAACAGAGACCAGCUCCGGGAGCCAGCGCCAUCUGCAAAAGUGCUCCGCAUGAGAACAUACUAGAAGUAGGGCCAGCUGUCAUAUUUCUGAGAUCACUUGGGCCACCAAGGGGCAACGAAGGAUUAUGAAAAAAAGCAAUUCAUCGCGAGGAAAUAAAUAGUCCCAGCAUUUGAUUAUUCCAAGCAGUCGCAAGACAUAUCUCUCGUUAGCAGUGACCAUCCAAGUCAAGCAACACUACUAACAUCUA